UUUCUCUUUUACUUUGACCGUCCGAAUUGUGCAGAUGACGACAGACGUGGAGGCAGCUGAGGACAGAUAGACCUGCGUGCUCCAAAAUGGCGAACCGCGACAAGGACAUAGAAGAGGAGAUUUACGACAAGGUCGUAGAUCUCACCGAGUAUGCCAAACGUCAGAGAUGGUGGAACCGCCUAUUCGGGAACAACUCCGGCCCAGUAGCAGAGAAAUACUCCGUGGCCACACAGAUCGCCAUAGGAGGCGUGAGUGGAUGGUGUGUAGGUUAUCUCUUCCAGAAGGUUGGUAAAGUUGCAGCUACAUCUGUCGGCGGAGGUCUUCUACUGUUGCAGAUAGCUAACAACACCGGCUAUAUCCAAGUGGACUGGAAGAGAGUAGAAAAGGAUGUCAACAAAGCUAAGAAGCAGUUAAAGAAGGGGACAAACCAAGCAGCCCCAGAGCUCAACACAUUUUUUGAGAAGUCCACAGCAUUUGUGAAGAAGAACAUUGUCGUCACUAGUGGCUUCAUCGGAGGAUUUCUGCUUGGACUUGCCUCUUAGGAUCUGCCAAAGGAGAGGAGUCUACGCUUCUCUGGACGUCUAUGGAAAAGUAUAGAUAUAUAAACAAUAACAAGCAUUGCUGGAGGGUCUUUAAUGUAUUUAAGUUUAGCUUGUGACUUCAGUAUAUGUUUAUAAAUAUGCUGCACAUAAUUUUGUUUUUAAUACUGUACUUCCUCAUGACUGUCAGUAUGACUAGGGUACUUAACCAUCAGACCAGAGUUGCCCUCUUAAUACACUCCACUCUCUACGCCAAAUAAUGAAACAGUACAUAUCAUGCAAAAUCAGUUUAAACCAUGAAGGUGAUUAGAAUGAUAUAAUUUAUUUUUUACCAAAUGGAUAUUGUUACUGAUUUAAAAUGAUGCACUGCUAUGGUGGAAAAUUUCAAAAAUGCACUAACAGAAAGAAAAUUUAAAUUGACAUUCACAUGGCAUUCACAUCUCUAAGCGGGAUUGCCUCCGUGCCAGUGUUUUUACUUACUUAAUCAUAGUCAUCUUGAAAGUGAAAACUUGAACUUUAAGUGCUGAUGGACUAGGGAUUGUUAUGCCUUGUAUGAGAGGUGCUACAUGUUUCAUGGGUUAUAUAAGCCUCCCCUGCAUCUCUUUUUUAUGUAUUUUGUUUAGCAAUGAAUUGAUGAUUUAGGCUCAGAUAGUUGUGGUUUGUCUACAGUGUAAGUAAAUAAAUAAAGUGAAAAAAAAAAAAAAAAAAAA